AAUGGGGAAUAAUAGAAGGGCUCUAAGCACAAUAAAUGGGAACAUAGUUGAAGCUCCACAGUACCCUUGCAAGCUACGCAAGAAAAAUGGCGUCACCGACAAGAAUGUGGAUGGUGAUACGAAUCCAAUUCAUCGACCAAUCAUGAGGAAGUAUGCUGCACAAGUGGUUGGCAAGCCUCAACAACCAACACUCGAGGUAACAAAGCCAGUGGUCGAAACAGCGCCUAACAGAAAUGAACUAGAAGGUGCCAUCAUUAUCGAUGUAAAAGAUUACAAGGCCACAAGUGACUAUGUUGUGCCAAUGUCUGUCCAACACACAGAAGCAAUGAUGGAGGAAAUUGAUCGGAUGGAUGAAGAGAUAGAGAUGGAAGAAAUAGAAAAGACGUUAAUUGUGGACAUAGAUAGUGCUGAUAAAAAGAACAUACUAGCUGCUGUGGAGUACAUUGAUGAUAUUCAGGCUUACUACAAGAAGAUUGAGAGUUCUGCUUGUGCCCCUCCAAACUAUAUGGAACACCAAUUUGAUAUCAAUGAUAGGAUGAGAGCUAUUCUCAUUGACUGGCUGAUUGAGGUACAUUACAAGUUUGAACUGAUGGAGGAGACUUUGUACUUGACCGUUAAUCUUAUCGAUAGAUUCUUGGCAGUCCAGCCAGUGGUUAGGAAAAAACUCCAGCUUGUUGGGGUAACAGCUUUGUUUCUCGCCUGCAAGUACGAAGAAGUUUCUAUUCCUGUCGUUCAGGAUCUAAUUUUGAUCUCUGACAAGGCUUACACUGGGAUAGAAGUGCUUGAAAUGGAGAAGUUGAUGAUCAAUACCUUACAGUUCAAACUAUCUGUGCCUACGACAUAUGUGUUUAUGAAGCGAUUUCUUAAAGCUGCUCAGUCCGAUAAGAAGGUGGAGCUUCUGUCUUUCUUCAUGACCGAACUAUGCCUUGUUGAGUAUGAGACACUUAAGUUUCCACCUUCAAUGCUAGCAGCUGCAGCGAUAUUUACUGCUCAAUGUACUCUAGGUGUGGCUAAGGAGUGGACUAAAACUUGCGAGAAAUAUAGCAAUUAUACUCGAGAUCAGCUUUUGGAGUGCUCAAAACUGAUGGUUACUUUCCAUCAGAAGGCUGCAACUGGGAGGCUUAAUGCUGUACACAGGAAGUAUAGCAUCUCUAAAUAUGGCUUCGUUGCAAAGUUGUUCCCACCGGCUUCUUUUCUUUUAGAGGAAAGCUUUAUUUAGCACAUGAUGUUACUU